ACAAUAAUUUAUUAAUUAACCUAUCUUUCUUCCCUCUAUAUAAUAAUAUUUUUGUAAGAAAAAAUAAAAUGGGUAUUAUUGAUCACAUAUCAGAUAUGUUUGAGAUUACAAGUACUAGGAAGAGCAAACGUAAACCAAUGCAGACAGUUGAAAUUAAGGUGAAAAUGGAUUGUGAUGGAUGUGAAAGGAAGGUUACUAAUGCAGUUUCAUCUAUUAAAGGUGUGAAAUCAGUGGAUGUAAGUAGAAAGCAAAGCAAAGUAACAGUAAGUGGUUAUAUUGAACCAAAAAAGGUGUUAAAAAGGGUGCAAAAUACAGGAAAAAAGGCAGAAUUUUGGCCAUAUGUUGAAUAUAAUUUGGUGUCAUAUCCAUAUGCAAUAGGUGCAUAUGACAAAAAGGCACCCUCUGGCUAUGUAAGGGAUGUUCCACAAGCUUUUCAAACACCAAAUACCCCUACUCAAAGGCUCACCUCGAUGUUUAGUGAUGAAAAUCCUAAUGCUUGUCAAAUCAUGUGACCAUAUAUAUAUAUAUAUAUAUAUAGACACUUAAU